AUGCCUUUGCCAGUACCAUCUUCGAUAUGUUUGGCAUGCCAAACCAGAGCCACUCUCCUCCCAUCCAUUGUGUCGACAUUAUGGCAAACCACGCGAGGUAUGGCCUCUGUUCGAGUGCGUCGCAAGGCUGCUCGUAUGGCCCUCUCGCCCAACGUCUCUAGGCAAUCAAUGCCUCCGUCUGACAAGCCCCGUUCGACUCGAUCACGCGCCGGGCCUUUUGCUUCGAUGAAUCAGACGGUAGCCCGGAUUCGGGACACGCCGCGAUCACGAUCGCAGGCGGCCCUCAAACGUUCAGGGGAGGAGGGCAAGGUAGAGAAGAAGGACAGCCCGCUGUACAAGGCGUUGAAGAUGCAAACAAUGCUAUCACCUAUCAAUUACGGCAAGCGCGCUGCCGUCAAAGCCAAGCUUGCCAAUCUCGACAGUUUCGACCACUUCCCUCUCCUUCCAGCAGUGCGGCAAUCGAUCUUUGUUCAGGCUCUGCCUGGUCUCACCGAUAUCCAACCUACCCCUAUUCAACGACUCGCGAUUCCCGAGCUUCUUAAAGAAGAGCCUAGGAAAAGGAGGCACGCAAAGAAGGCGGAUGAAGAAGAGUACACGUACGACCAGUUCCUCUUGGCGGCAGAGACUGGCUCAGGCAAGACUCUCGCGUACAUGCUCCCAGUUGUCGAUGCUAUCAAGCGUGCUGAGGCACGUGAAGCGGAGGAAGACAAGAUCAUUGAAGAACAAAAGGCAAUUGAGCGGGAGGAGAGAAUGAAGAACAAGACGUUCGACCUAGAGCCCGAGGAGCCGCCUAUGACGAAUGCCGCUCGUCCCCGUGCCAUCAUCCUUGUCCCAACUUCUGAGCUGGUAUCUCAAGUCGGUGCCAAACUUAAGGAAUUGGCUCAUGCGGUUAAGUACCGCCCCGGUGCCAUCGCAGCAACCUUCACCCCUCGUCGAAUUAAGAAUGCCAUCUUCAACCCCGCUGGCGUCGAUAUCCUUGUUUCAACCCCUCAUCUCCUUGGAUCCGUUGCGAAAACGAAUCCCAAUAUCCUCAGCCGAGUCACUCACCUCGUUCUCGACGAAGCCGAUUCUCUGAUGGACAAGUCAUUCAUCCCAACAACCACCGAGAUCAUCUCCAAGGUCACACCAUCCCUCAAGAAACUGAUCCUUUGCUCGGCCACUAUUCCCCGCAGUCUCGACAAUCAGCUGCGCAAGCGCUACCCUGAUAUCAAACGACUCACAACUCCCAACCUUCACGCUGUUCCUCGUCGUGUCCAGCUUGGUGUCGUAGACAUUGAAAAAGAGCCGUACCGCGGUAACCGAGAUCUUGCGUGUGCCGAUGUCAUCUGGUCCAUCGGAAAGGCAGGCGAGAGAUCCGACCAAACCGAGACAUGGGGACCCCUUAACGCAUACAUGGACCCAAAGGUCAAGAAGAUCAUCGUAUUCGUCAACCAGCGCGAGGAGGCAGAUGACGUCGCUCAAUUCCUACGCACAAAGGGUAUUGACGCCGUUUCUCUGUCUCGUGACACCGACUCCCGAAAGCAAGAACAAACCCUUGCCGAGUUCACCGAAGUCAAGCUCCCUCCAACCGCCGAGGAGAUCAUGCUCCAGAAGAAGAGCGCCCGUGCUUCCAAGAGCAUUCCCUUCGAGCUUCCUGAUCGCAAAGAGCCCAUCCGCAAACUUGCCGAUACCAAGGUUCUCGUGACCACGGACAUUGCCUCCCGUGGUAUCGACACCCUCGCUGUGAAGACGGUUGUGCUGUACCACGUGCCCCACACUACCAUCGACUUCAUUCACAGACUGGGUCGUCUCGGCCGAAUGGGUAAGCGUGGUCGUGGUGUCGUCUUGGUCGGCAAGAAGGACCGCAAGGACGUUGUCCGCGAAGUCCGCGAGGGUAUGUACCGCGGACAGGCACUGAUCUAG